AGUUAAAAAGUUUUUAAAAUGAGUCUAGAACCAGAUAAAGACGACUUCUCCAUGUUGAUGGACGUUGCCAGAUACAUCGCAAAGUCAGCAGAAGCCAGUAGAAAAUCAGGAAGUGCAACAGCAUUUGCAUUGGCGGAAUCUUUCAAAGAAAAAUUGGUAAAAGCGAAGGAAAGACGUAGCCAAAGAUAUCAAGAAUUACAAUUACCUCAUCGACAUGUCUGUGAUUUGAUAGCUAUGCACCUAGAUAUAGAGCCAAAUGAGGUUCUUGAAGCUGCUGUAGAUAGCGACACUAACAUCGAAUUGUUGGACAGGUUACUUUCAAAGAAUGGUAUUUUAGGAAUGUUAGUUUAUUACCAAGAUGGACCUGGUUAUGAAAUCGAUUCAGGAAGGUUUAAUCCUAAUGCUGUAGCAGACGUGACCAUCAAGCGCUUAUAUUUUACUGAUGGAAUGGACUCAGCAAUGAAAGAAAUGGUACUUGGCAUAUACAAGUUAUCAAAUGUUGACAUAAGCUUGAAAAAUAUUACCGACGCUCUCUUCGUUACAAAAUUCGACAUUGAAGCUGAAAAUGGCAAUUCUGUAGCCGUUUCUUACAACCUGUUGGCACAACUUAUUGACCCAUCUGUUAAGUUGAACAAAGAUUGGGGAGACCUGCCUAAAACAGAAGUUGGCCUUCGUCAAAAAAUCAAUUUUGAAGGAGAUUUUAAUUCAUUUGUUGAUUUUUUAAAACAAACUAAACUCGAUCUUGAAAUGGUUGUCAACUUUAUUUACGACAAAAAUUUAUAUCGUAGAGACUUAAUAAACGAGAAGAAGCGUAUUGAAGCAAUACUGAACUCGGCAACCGUCCACCAAGUAGAAUCGACUGUUAGAAUUUGGUGUAAACAAAUGGAACGGGCUCUAGUCCAAUAUCAGCAGUUAAGACGGGAAAACGAAUUUGUUGGACCUCUUGUGGAAAUUGAAUACUGGCGGAGACAACUUGCACGCUUUACAAGUAUAGUGGAAUUUUUGCAAGAUACUCCUUGUAAAACUCAUAUUCAGUUCCUCGAAGCAUGUAAAAGCAAGCUUUUAAAGGUUUGGUCUAAACAUGAAUGUGCCGUAAUCGAAGCAAAAAACGAAUGUGCCGACAACAUGAGAUACUUAUAUGCUUUAGAACAAUUUUGCCAUCCACUUUACAGAUGUGAAGCAACAGAAUUAUUACAACAUAUUCCUCCUCUGCUACAUGCCAUUCGAAUGACUUAUACAACGUCUAGAUAUUAUAAUAACACCGGAAAUGUGACAGCGCUUUUAGUUAAAGUAUCAAAUCAGAUGAUUAAUGUAUGUCGAGCCUAUUUAAACUGCAAUGGUGCUAAAACGGUAUGGAACCAAAAAAAGCAAGUUGUGUUAGACAAAAUUAAGGUUUGCUUAGACAUGUACCUAAAAUAUUACCAAUGUUUUAAACACAUCCAAGAAGAAAUGAAAGAAGCAGGGGAAUCUCCUUUUGAAUGUUCUGAAAUGUAUGUUUUUGGAAAAUUUGAAACAUUUAAAAAACGAGUAGAAGAAAUUGUUGAUGUUCUUGAAACAACGACUAGAUACUCCAUUCUCCAGAGCAGUAAAAUUGAAAACAUUGAUCUCUUUGCGAACAAGUUCAAAAGCUUCUUUCAACAUAUUUCAACACAAAAAUACGAUGCUUUAAAUCAUCGGUUACCACAUUUUGAUAAAGAUUACAAUGAAUUUAAACAAAACGUUGUGGACACUGAGUGGGAAUUGGAAGAAUUUGUAGGCAGUUCAUUGGAAAAAAAUACCAACGUAUAUAAUGUUCUUAGGUUAUUACGAAGGUUUGAGAAACUGAAAUUAGAAUGUUUGCAUCUUGAUGAACGCUAUUUAGAAGCCAUGGAAAUGUUUCAAAAAGAACUUGAGGAUUUAAGAGAUCGCUAUAAUGAAGACAGACAAACGCCUUUAUUGCCAAGGAAUAUGCCUCCGGUAAGCGGACGUAUUAUGUGGAUAAGACAUUUAUAUAGAAGAAUGGAAGAGUGCAUGGAAGUAUUUAUAACCAAACCUAGAGUGAUGCGACACAGGGACGUUCAAAAAUGUAUACAGUUGUAUAAUGCCAUGGCAAUGGUAUUCAUACAUUAUGAGCAAAUUUAUCAUGAAGCAUGGUACAAAUUCGCUGGCCAAGUUCGAGCCUGCUUAAAUACACCAAUUUUAACAAAAGAUCCAAAAACUAAGAGGUACAAGGUCAAUUUUCAUCCUUAUAUUUUGGAGGUAAUUAGAGAAUCAGAAUAUAUAUACAAACUGGAUCUUCCGGUCCCUGAUGUUGGUCAAGUUCUUGUGUUCUGUAAAGAAAAGAUACUAAAUUCGUACGAAGUUAUUAAAGGCUUGGUUGAACGUAAUGAUAAUAUUAGAGGCAACAUUCCACCGUUGUUUAUACCUCUAAUUCGUUUACAAUUAAUGAAAAUGGAGGACGCGUUCAGACCCGGAUUUUCCGUAAUUACUUGGACUUCCACUAAAAUACCGGAAUAUUGUGACGAAGUUAAUGGAGUUUUGGAUUAUAUUGAAAUGUUUGUAAAAGAAGUUAAAGAUAUGAAGGAAGCCAGAAUUGAUGAAGUAUUAGAUGCUAUUGCCUCAACCACUUUAGUGCAUCUUCCUAAUGUUGCUUUAAUACCAAGCGAAUUUUUAGAAGAAAAUAAAAAAUACAUGGACCAAGGCGUCAAGGAAAUAGAAUUAAAGUCAUCAACUGCUGAACGUGCUGUCAUUGAUUUGAUUGAAAAAUUUUUGAGCGUUAUCGAACAACCAGAAUUACAAGAUAAAAAGUAUGACUGGCUAGAUCCAGAUAAAGCCAUCAAACCUGUUGGGUCCGCUUCUCGUCUAAAUGUAUCUCCAGAAGCGGCUUUCAGAGAAAUCGACAGAAAUGCACCAUUAGAUUUAAAUUCAAUUCAUAAUGACUGUUUAGAAUUGUUUGCUUUUUUUAAUAUGAAGCUUUCUGAAGCUUUGGUUAAAUGCAUUAAAUUAUCAUUGGAACAAAUUAAAAAAAGGACGGCAAGUUUGAGAGACGACAGCAGCGCGAUGAAUUCACCAGUUAUGAAAACAAAUAUGGAACUACAAAUCCCAAUCAUAGUUAUUAAUCCUACAUUAGAUGAAAUUCAGAAUUAUUUUACACAAGUUAUAACAAAUCUUCAAAAUACAAUGAAAUUUGUUUGCAUGUGGGGACAACGUGGUACUAAAAAGAAGGCAAUAAGGGAGAAACCUCUGAAAUUUAAGGAAGUGGCUCAAUUGGUAGCCAAAACACCUCCUGCCGAUAGAAAUUACUACAAAAUCGUAACUGAAAACAAGGAAAUUAUCCGGAUUUUUAUGAGUCUACAAGGCGUUAUGUAUUUACUAAAACCAGAUGUCGCAAAAUUGUUACAAAAAUAUCUGGAUUAUUCAUAUUUGUGGGCAGAAAACAGAGACGAUGAAAUUGAAGAGUUUUGUAACCAAAAUCCAUUAACAGUAGAAAUAGCGGAAAAAUUCCAAAGCUUUGAAAACAGAGCCGACAUGAUCCGAGACUUACCUGCAUAUCAUAUUGUGGAUUCCAUACAAAUUGAUAUGGAAAAAUUUAAACUAGCAUUACUUGUCGAAUCAGAUGCAUGGAAACAUAUCUUAGGAAAAAAUCUAGGAAAAAGAUAUAGAGGGAAAUUGUUGGAACUGGUCGACUUUAUCAAAAAUAGAGAAAAAGUUUUAAAUAAACCAAUAAAAGAUCUGGACGACUGCAGACUUGCCAUGGCAUGUUUAGAAUUAAUUAGAGAAAACUUUAUCGAAAUAGAUUUGGAUCUAAUAACAAUGGAAGAAGCUUACAACAUAUUUAGUAAAUACAAAAUUGAUAUUCCCAAAGAAGAUACAGAAAGAGUGGAAUCUCUUAGAUUUAAUUUUAACAACAUGGUUAAUCACGCAAAAACUGUUCAAGAAAAUAUAUGCGAGGUGCAAGGUCCUUUGUUGGAGGAAUUAACGGAAGGUGUUUCAAAAUUUAGGGAUGAAGUUGAAGCUUUUGACAUAGACUUUGAAUUGAAUGGUCCUAUGAUACCAGGAUUGUCAGCACGUGAGGCAAGUGAUAGAGUGCUUGCUUUUCAAGAUCGCUUUGAUGAAUUGUGGCGUAAAUUUGAAAUGUAUAGCAGUGGAGAAAAACUUUUUGGUUUAGAAGUUAAUGAUUAUCCCAUUUUACAUAAACGCAAAAAAGAAUUUAACCUCUUGAAUAAACUCUAUGGUUUAUAUUUAGCCGUAAACCACAGUAUUGACGGAUACUUUGACAUUCUUUGGGUUGAUGUGGACACAGAAGUUAUUUUUGCCGAACUUCAAGAGUUCCAAAACAGGUGCCGCAAGCUGCCCAAGGGAAUGAAGGACUGGCCUGCCUUUUUGGAUCUAAAGAAAAAAAUCGACGAUUUUUCUGAAACAUGUCCGCUAUUAGAGCUUAUGGCUAAUAAAGCCAUGAAAGAAAGACAUUGGAAAAGGAUUACUGCGGUCACUGGUUACUCGUUUGAUAUUGACUCUCCUACUUUUACAUUAAGAAAUGUUAUGGAGGCGCCUUUACUUCAGUUUAAAGAUGACGUAGAAGAUAUAUGCAUAAGUGCUGUUAAAGAAAAAGAUAUUGAGGCAAAAUUAAAACAAGUUAUUGCCGAUUGGUCUAUAGUCGAAUUAUCUUUCUCCCAAUUUAAGACCAGAGGAGAACUUCUCCUGAAAGGUACAGAAACUGGUGAAAUUAUUAUGGCACUCGAAGAUAGCUUAAUGAUAAUGAAUUCCUUACUGAGUAACAGGUACAAUGCGCCUUUCAAAAAAGAUAUUCAGACUUGGGUUCACAAACUUGUUGAUACGUCCGAAAUUCUAGAAAAGUGGUUAAUAGUGCAAAAUUUAUGGGUCUAUUUAGAAGCGGUUUUUGUAGGUGGAGACAUUGCCAAACAACUUCCUGGAGAAGCAAAACGAUUCAACAAUAUUGACAAAUCAUGGAUAAAAAUUAUGACGCGAGCUCAUGAGUUACCCAACGCGGUUGAAUGUUGUACGGGAGAUGAAACAAUGGGCCAGCUCUUACCUCAUCUUUUAGAGCAACUUGAAACUUGCCAAAAGAGCUUAACUGGAUACUUAGAGUCCAAAAGAUUGUGCUUUCCACGGUUCUUCUUUAUAUCAGACCCAGUUUUGUUGGAAAUUUUGGGACAAAGCUCAGAUCCAACGUCGAUUCAAAAUCAUCUACCCAGUUUAUUUGAUGCAGUAUACAGAGUGGAAUUUGACCCCAAAAAAAAUGAUACUAUUAUAGCCAUGUUGUCUGAUCUGGGUGAAUCAGUUAACUUUGAGAAACCCGUUGUGUGCGCUGGUGGCGUCGAAAUUUGGCUGAACACUCUGCUAGAAAUGGUUAAAGAAACAGUAAAAACUGUAAUCGCAGGACAAGCACAACUUUUAUCAGAUCCAGAAUACGACUUUAUUCAGGGCUUUAUACCACUAUGUGCUCAGGCGGGACUUGUUGGUAUUCAGAUUUUAUGGACCAAAGAAAGUGAAGUUGCAAUUAGAAAAGCGAAAGUGGACAGAAUGAUUAUGAAAAUUACAAACGCCAGAUUUUUGGAUCUUCUUAAUGCUCUCAUCGAUUUAACUGGAAAAGAUCUAUCUAAAAGAGAACGAACUCGUUACGAGACUAUGGUAACAAUACAUGUUCAUCAAAGGGACAUAUUUGAUACUAUGUGCAAGCUGAAAGUAAAAACUUUACUAGAUUUUGAUUGGCAACAGCAAACCAGAUUUUAUUAUAAUGAGGAAAAUGAUGAUGUACUGGUGAAAAUAACAGAUGUCAUCUUUUUGUAUCAAAAUGAAUAUUUGGGAAUUACCGAAAGAUUAUGUAUUACACCAUUAACAGAUCGCUGCUACAUCACGUUAGCGCAGGCCAUUUGGAUUAAUAUGGGAGGAGCACCAGCAGGUCCGGCAGGAACAGGUAAAACAGAAACCACAAAAGAUAUGGGAAGAACUUUGGGAAAAUUUGUCGUUGUAUUUAACUGUUCAGACCAGAUGGACUUUCGAGGUUUAGGUCGCAUAUUUAAGGGACUGGCUCAGUCUGGAACUUGGGGAUGCUUUGAUGAGUUUAAUCGUAUUGAACUGCCUGUACUAUCAGUGGCAGCGCAACAAAUUUAUAUAGUGUUAGUUGCACGAAAAGAGAGAAAACCGUCGUUUAUAUUUAUGGAUGGAGACACCGUCUCAAUGAAUUUAGAAUUUGGAAUCUUUUUGACAAUGAAUCCUGGAUACGCAGGACGUCAAGAACUACCAGAGAAUCUGAAAAUCAUGUUUCGUAGUGUAGCUAUGAUGGUGCCUGACAGACAAAUUAUUAUUCGCGUAAAACUGGCUUCUUGUGGUUUCAAAGAUAAUAUAAUUUUAGCGAGAAAAUUUUUCACUCUGUAUGAGCUAUGUGAGGAACAGUUAUCAAAACAAGUACAUUAUGAUUUUGGGUUGCGGAAUAUUUUGAGUGUUUUACGUACUUUAGGUGCUCAAAAAAGAGCUCAUCCAGCAGAUACUGAAGAAACCAUUGUAAUGAGAGUAUUAAGAGAUAUGAAUUUAAGUAAAUUAAUUGAUGAAGAUGAACCACUAUUUCUUUCAUUAAUCGAAGACAUGUUUCCUGGUAUUAAGUUACAAACACACUCCUGGAAAGAUUUGCAGAAAGCUAUUUCUAAUCAGUGUAGUAAAAUGGAAUUAAUAAAUUAUCCAGCAUGGAAUUUAAAAAUAAUUCAGUUAUACGAAACUUCGUUGGUUAGACAUGGACUCAUGGUUUUAGGUCCGACGGGCGCAGGAAAAACUAACUGUAUGCAUUGUUUAAUGAAAGCUAUGACUGAAACAGGACUACCACACAAAGAAAUGAGGAUGAAUCCAAAAGCAAUAACAGCUCCUCAGAUGUUUGGUAGAUUAGACGUAGCAACUAACGAUUGGACUGAUGGUAUAUUUUCUACUUUAUGGAGAAGAACGUUAAAGAUUAAAAAAACAGACUACGUUUGGUUGGUCUUGGAUGGUCCCGUUGAUGCGGUGUGGAUAGAGAAUCUCAAUUCUGUCUUAGAUGAUAAUAAAACUUUAACUUUGGCUAAUGGAGAUCGUAUUGUAAUGGCCCCUAAUGGAAAACUGGUUUUCGAACCAGAUAACGUAGACAAUGCUAGUCCGGCCACUGUAUCUCGAAUGGGCAUGGUAUUUAUGAGUGCUUCCGUUCUACCGUGGAGUCCUAUCUUAGAGGCUUGGUUGAAAAAAAGAUCUCAGCAAGAAGGUGAUGUGUGUAGAGUUGUAUUUGGCAAAAUUUAUGAAGACUUACACGCUUUUAUUCAAGUUAGACUUAAAGCCAAAAUGAAAAUAACUGAAGCAUUAUAUAUCCGUCAGUGCUAUGAUGUGUUAGGGGGGAUUUUAGACGUCGGCGAUGAGACAAAAGUGUGGACUGACAAACAAUUAGAACGUUUAAUUUUAUUUUCAAUAAUGUGGUCACUUGGAGCAGUUUUAGAAUUAGAUGACAGAGCCAAGAUGGAAGAGUUUGUUACAACGCACCAAUCUAAGUUAGACUGGCCAAAGUGCAGUGAAAGUGACACAAUUUUUGAAUAUGUUGUAAAUCCUAAGACAGGAACUUGGCAGCACUGGUCUGAUAGAGUCGAACAGUUUGUUUAUCCAACGGAUACUGUGAUAGAAUUUGUUAAUAUUUUAGUACCUAACGUUGACAACGUUCGUACAGCUUUUCUCAUUGAUACCAUUGCUAAACAAAAUAAAGCCGUGCUGUUAAUUGGAGAACAAGGGACUGCUAAAACAGUAAUGAUAAAAGGGUAUACCCAUCAAUUUGAUCCUGAAUAUAAAUUAAGUAAAUGUUUUAAUUUCUCCUUUGCUACCACUCCCAAUAUGGUUCAGAGAAUUAUUGAAUCAUACGUUGAUAAAAGAGUUGGCACAACAUAUGGACCUCCGGCAGGUAAAACCCUUACAAUAUUUAUUGAUGAUAUCAAUAUGCCCGUUAUUAAUGACUGGGGUGACCAAAUAACCAAUGAAAUUGUCCGUCAGUUAAUGGAAUGUGGAGGUUUUUACAGUUUAGAUAAACCGGGAGACUUUUCAUCAAUUGUAGAUGUUAAUUUUCUUGCUGCAAUGAUACAUCCAGGAGGUGGAAGAAAUGAUAUUCCACAUAGAUUAAAGCGUCAGUUUAGUGUUUUCAACUGUACUUUGCCCAGUAUUAAAGCCAUGGAUGUAAUCUUCAGUCAGAUUGCCUGUGGAUACUUCUGCAUUGAAAGAUUUGAUCAGGAGAUAGUCGAUUUUGUCCCCAAUCUUAUUCCUUUAACAAGAAAUAUUUGGCAGCAAACAAAAAAUAAGAUGUUGCCUACCCCAGCUAAAUUCCAUUACGUUUUUAAUUUGAGAGAUCUAUCUAGAAUAUGGCAAGGAAUUUUGAAUGUACAAAAAUUAGAAUGUAGAUCUAUAAGUUCGUUACUGAAGUUGUGGCGCCAUGAGUGCACUAGAGUUAUUUCUGACAGGUUCAUUAAAGCAAAGGAACGAGAUUGGUUCCAACAACUUUUAAAGAAUCAAAUAAAAAAAGAUCUUGAAUCUGUUGCCGACGAAUAUCCGGAGCAACCCACUUAUUGGGUUGACUUUUUAAGAGAACCACCUGAACCGACCGGUGACGAACCCGAAGAUUUUUCUUUUGACGCUCCAAAAAUAUACGAAGAAGUACCGAGUUGGGAGUUUUUUAAGGAGAAGUUAUUUGGAUUUAUGGACCAAUACAGCGAACAAAUCAGAGGUGCAGCCAUGGAUUUAGUUUUUUUUCACGAUUGUAUGGUUCAUUUAAUGAUUAUUUCUCGAAUUGUUAGAACUCCAAGAGGAAAUGCCCUUUUAGUUGGAGUUGGUGGUUCUGGCAAGCAAAGUCUUACUCGUUUAGCUUCUUUUAUUGCAAAUUACAAAUUUUUCCAAAUUCAAAUGACAAGAACAUACAAUUUGGGUAAUUUAAUGGAGGAUUUAAAAUAUCUCUAUCGAGUCGCAGGUUUUGAAGGACAAGGAAUUUCAUUUAUUUUUACAGACAAUGAGAUUAAGGACGAAACAUUUCUGGAAAGUCUUAACAAUAUUCUUAGUUCUGGAGAAAUAGCAAACCUUUUUGCAAAAGAUGAAAUUGAUGAAAUUCAGACAGAUUUAAUUCCUGUAAUGAAAAAACUUGCUCCAAAAAAAGUACCAACAGGCGAUAAUUUAUAUGAAUUUUUCAUUAGUAGGGCUAGAUCUAACUUACACGUCGUCUUGUGCUUCUCACCUGUUGGAGAAAAAUUUCGAAGAAGGGCACUAAGAUUUCCUGGUUUAAUUUCGGGUUGUACAAUUGACUGGUUCUUUAGAUGGCCAAAAGAUGCAUUAAAUGCGGUAUCAGAACAUUUCUUACAUGAAUUCAACGUAGUUUCCACUCCAGAAACAAAACAAGAGUUGAUCUUUAUUAUGGGCGAUAUACAAGAUUACGUGGCUUUAAGCUGCAUUAGUUAUUUUGAGAAAUUUCGACGACGAGCCUAUGUUACACCAAAAACGUUUAUAUCUUUUCUAGAAAUAUAUAAAACUGUUUACGCGCAAAAGUUGAAGAAUAUUGGUGAAAUGGAUACAAGAAUGAGAACAGGUUUAACUAAAUUAGUGGAAGCUCAACAGAAUGUUGACGAAUUAAAGAAAGAAUUGAUUAUUAAAGAACAGGAAAUGAAGGUCGCGACAGAAGCUGCAGAACAAGUAUUAGAAGAGGUAAUGGCAGCUUCCGAAAUUACAAAUAAAAUUAAAGAGGAAGCAACCAUUGUAAAAGACAGAGCUGAAAAACUCGUAGAGAUUAUUAGUGUCGAUCAAAAAGAAGCGGAAAGUAAACUACUAGCGGCUAAACCUGCCCUGGAUGCUGCGGAGGCAGCUUUAUUGACUAUUAAAGCGGCAGAUAUUGCAACCGUACGAAAGCUUGGGAAGCCACCAUAUUUGAUUACUCUGAUCAUGGAUGCUGUUUUAAUUUAUUUUAAAAGAAAACUAGAGCCUGUUAAAGCAGACUUUGAGAAGACGUUUUUGUCGUCAUCUUGGACUGAAUCAUUGAAAGUUAUGGCUGACACGAAGUUUCUUAAUAAAUUGCAGGAAUACCCUAAAGAUACAAUUAAUGCAGAAAUUGUUGAUUUACUCCAACCAUACUUUGCUUAUCCACAGUAUACCUAUGAAAGUGCUAAAACUGCUUGUGGUAAUGUAGCCGGAUUAAUUUCUUGGACUGUGGCAAUGGCUUCUUUUUUUGAAGUCAAUCGUGAAGUUUUGCCACUAAAGGCAAAUCUGGCUGUACAACAAGCUAAACUUGAUAGAGCCCAAACGGAGUUGGCUAGUGCUAUGCAGUUACUAGCGGAAAAAGAGGAAGAAGUACGAUUGUGUCAAAUUCAGUAUGAAGCGGCGAUGGCACGUAAACAAGAAGUUUUCGAGGACGCAAUGAAAGUAAAAAAUAAGAUGGAUUCAGCAACCGCGUUAAUCAAUGGUUUGGCUGGCGAAAGAAUCCGCUGGACUGAACAACUUGCUCAAUUUAAGGCUGAAACCAAUAGAUUAAUUGGUGAUGUAGUUUUGUUAGUCGGUUUUCUGAAUUAUUCUGGACCUUUUAAUCAAGAAUUUCGACAAAAUUUACAAAAAUUUUUAUUGGACAGUUUAUUAAAGCGUAAAAUACCAGUGACAAUGAGUUUAAAUUUGAUAGAUAGUCUUACUGAUACAGCAACGAUCGGUGAAUGGAACCUACAAGGUCUACCUAACGACGAACUGUCUAUACAAAAUGGGAUUAUUGUUACGAAGGCUGCAAGAUAUCCGUUACUCAUUGAUCCACAAAGCCAAGGAAAAUUCUGGGUCAAAGCAAAAGAAAAAGACAAUAGUUUGAUUGUGACUUCACUGAAUCAUAAAUACUUUAGAAAUCAUGUGGAAGAUGCUGUGUCAUUAGGAUAUCCUCUGAUUAUAGAAGAUAUUGUCGAAGAUUUGGAUCCAGUUUUAGAUAAUGUGUUGGAAAAGAAUCACAUUAAAGUUGGAACAACAUAUAAAGUCAAACUGGGAGAUAAAGAAGUAGAUGUAAAUGCUCAAUUUAGAUUGUAUAUAACAACUAAACUGGCCAAUCCAUCGUAUACCCCUGAAGUAUUUGCCAGAACUUCGGUUAUUGAUUUUACAGUGACUAUGAAAGGAUUAGAAGAUCAGUUAUUGGGUAGAGUAAUUUUGACGGAAAAGAAAGAACUAGAAGCAGAAAGAACAAACUUGAUGAGAGAUGCCACAAUUAACCGACGAAAAAUGCAGGAACUCGAAUCAAAUCUUCUGUAUAAAUUGACAACAGUACAAGGGUCACUUUUAGAUGAUCCAACAGUAAUAGAUGUUUUAAAUGUAACGCGCAAUACAGCUAGCGAAAUUCGAGAAAAGUUAACUAUUGCCAAAGACACGGAAAUUAAAAUUAAUACAGCAAGAGAAGAAUUUAGGCCAGUAGCUACCAGAGGAAGUGUUUUAUAUUUCUUGGUAGUGAGCAUGGCAAUGGUUGACAAUAUGUAUCAAACAUCGCUAGUACAAUUUUUAGAAAGAUUUGAUUUGUCAAUGAUGAAAUCAGAAAAAAGUACCAUAACUUCAAAAAGAAUUCAGUUUAUAAUUGAUUACUUAACGUACGAAAUUUACAAAUAUAAAUCGCGAGGCCUCUAUGAAAGACAUAAAUAUAUGUUUGUACUUCUGAUGUGUUUAAAGAUUGAUGUGGAGAGAGAACACAUAACCCAUGAGGAAUUUCAGUUUUUUAUUAAAGGAGGUGCGGCAUUAGAUCUGAACACCUGUCCACCAAAACCAAGCAAAUGGGUCACUGACAUGACUUGGUUAAAUUUAGUAGAAAUAUCAAAACUUAGACAUUUUCAGUACAUUAUCCAGCAAGUUACAGCAAAUGAUAGACUCUGGAAAUCUUGGUUCGACAAAAAUGCACCAGAAGAAUCUGUAAUACCUGAUGGUUAUAACAAUUUAGACGUUUUUCGAAAACUUCUCCUCAUAAGAGCAUGGUGUCCUGAUCGUACUGUGACGCAAGCCACCAAAUAUAUUGGACAUUCACUUGGUCAGAAGUUUGCCGAACCUGUAAUUUUAAAUUUAGAAAUUCUGUAUAACGAAUCCCGCCCUUUAACGCCUGUUAUAUGCUUCUUAAGUAUAGGUUCUGAUCCUACACCUUAUAUAGAGCAAUUGGCAAAACGGUUGGAAACUAAAGUUAAAGCAAUAUCUAUGGGCCAAGGACAAGAAGUUCAUGCAAGAAAACUUAUCACACAAGCUUUAUCGGAGGGUUUUUGGGCUUUGCUUCAAAACUGUCAUCUCUCUUUGGACUACAUGAAUGAACUUCUUUUACAAUUUUUGGAUCUUGAAAAAGGAGCAGGCACAUUCCACCCAGAUUUUCGACUGUGGAUUACCACAGAAGGACACGGAGAGUUCCCUAUUAGUUUACUGCAAAUAUGUAUAAAAUUUACAAACGAAGCACCUUCCGGCGUUCGAGCGGGUCUGCAACGUACGUACACCUCAAUGAAUCAGGACAUGUUGGAUUAUUCGGAUGCAUGGCAAUACAUACCGCUGAUAUAUGCUAUAUCAUUUUUACACACCGUAGUACAAGAAAGGAGGAAAUAUGGGCCCUUAGGUUGGAAUAUUCCUUACGAAUUUAAUUCAGCUGAUUGGUUAGCCAGUUGCUUAUUUGUUCAAAACCAUCUAGACGAUUUAGAUCCCAAAAGAGGAGUUAGCUGGCCGACGGUUAGGUACAUGCUAGGAGAGGUACAUUAUGGAGGUCGUGUUACAGAUGACUACGACAAGAGACUUUUAAAUACAUUUUGUAAGGUUUGGUUUAGUGACGAAAUGUUUCAAGACGAUUUUAUAUUUUACGAAGGAUAUAAAAUUGCCAAGUUCAAAAAUGUGUCAGAAUAUAUAACUCAUAUUGACACAUUUGCCACUGUUGACCCACCCCAAGUUUAUGGGCUUCAUCCUAACGCCGAUAUUACGUACCAAACGAAUACAAUUAGUAAUAUGUUUUACACAAUGGUAUCCAUUCAGCCGAAAGAGGCUGGUACUGGUGGCGGAGAAACAAGAGAAGACGCCGUUACUAGACAAGCGAAAGAGAUGUUAGAAAAACUGCCAAAUAAUUAUGAUCCGUAUGAAGUAAAAGACAGAUUGCGAAUUAUGGGAAUACUAAAUUCAUUAAACAUUUUUUUGAGACAAGAACUAGAUAGAAUGCAGAAAGUAAUAACAAAUGUUCGAACCACACUUAGAGAGCUGUUAUUAGCAAUUGAAGGAAUAAUAAUAAUGAAUGAAGCACUCAGAGAUGCUUUAGAUAAUAUUUAUGAUGCGCGUGUUCCUUUUGUUUGGAGAAGAGGAUCCUGGACAGCAAAUUCUUUAGGAUUCUGGUUUACAGAACUGUUGGAAAGAAAUGCUCAAUUUAGCGACUGGUGCUUCAACGGACGACCACUUACAUUCUGGAUGGCUGGAUUUUUCAAUCCACAAGGUUUUCUUACAGCAAUGAAACAAGAAGUAGCACGAGCUCACAAAGGAUGGGCUUUAGAUCAAGUCAAACUGCAAAAUAUUGUCACAAAAAAUACAAAAGAAGAAAUUGGUCAACCACCUAUCGAAGGCGUAUAUGUCCACGGAUUAUUUCUUGACGGUGCCGGAUGGGAUAAAAGAAAUGCAAGGUUAAAUGAAUCUAUUAACAAAGUGUUGUAUACACUUAUUCCAGUGGUACAUAUUUUUGCUGUGUAUGGAACUGAAAUAAAAACGACAAAUAUUUAUGUGUGUCCUGUUUACAAAAAAAUGAGAAGAACUGGUUUAAAUUAUAUUACGAUUUUGUAUCUCCAAACUGUAAAACCUCCAGAUCACUGGGUUCUUCGUGGAGUGGCUUUGCUUUGCGACACACAAUAA